UGGAUAUCAUCAAAUAUAAUAUAAUCAAACGAAGAAUACGUAAACAUGGCGAUGUGUUUUUGGCGUCCGCCUUUGAUUUAUGAAGUAUUAGGAUAACUCUAGGCCUAUUUGGUUGGUUUCUCAGAAAUCUUUUGAAUAGCAGAGGAGAUGUGAUAUUUUUUGGUUAGGAGCAGCAGGAAGGAAAACAUGGGCAGGUGUGGGGCAGUGCCUAGCUAAUGGGAUUGUGACAUGCAGUCUGAGCCAAGCCGGUACAUUCAUUCGGUGUCCGACUUACUCUAUAGCACUGACGAAAUUGAAUUCUUGCUCGAAGACAUUAAAGACCUGGAGCCCAAAAGUUAUAAACCUGAAGAUAUUCAGGACUUUGAGAUAGCGGGAAGCAGGACGGGGGCCCUCAGCGCGGAGUGUGCGGGAGGUUGUGAGUGCGAAUCUCCCCUCGGUACCGUCAACUCCUGGGACUCGCACUCUCACUACCGCCGUCGCGCAGCCUCUCCCGAUCUGCCUCUCUAUACGGGGGUGAUCAUCUAUUGCGACCACACUCACUUCAAGACGCCCACGGGGUUCUUCAGGUUGUUGCUACUGGUAACGUCAGUAGCGUGUCUAGCAUGCUUGUGUACUUCAGGUACAGUCAAAGUGAGCUUAUUUAUGCUUCCAUUGGUGGGAAGAAUACGCAUGAUGAUGUUUGUUACUCUCCUAAGUAUGUUGGUAACAUGCCUUCUUCUGUUUCUUGAUAUCUCCCACAUGAUAUACCUAUUUCCAUUCAACUGGGGUAAAGUGAAUGCAUAUUUCUAUGUAAGCCUUAGUGUCUUGUUCCUGAUAGCUUCAUCAUUAAUAUUUCACAUGAUAUUCUCAUCAGAGGCCUUUUCUUGGGUCCCCAAAUGGACACACCACCAAUUGUUAGUCACUGGAUGUCUAGGAUAUGUGUGCUGCUUGGAAUCAGCAAUAAUAUCUCUUAUCCAGAAAUGUCAAAUGGGCCAGUAUGAGCCAGUCGAAGAAGACCUGAGCUUUCAUUUACAAGAAAGACAAACUUCACCAAGAGAUUCACCAACGCACAGAAUGAAUCAAACGACGCACAAUUACAAGCCUAUCAUCAACUAUCCAGUAAUUCCGUCAACAUCUAGGCAAGAACCAGCAAAUUACCUUGAUGAUAUACAGCCCUGUUCGUCCAAAACUUCUGAUCCUUAUAGACUAGCAUGAUGGCUAAUAUUUUUUUUCAAUUAACAACUACAGUGAGACGAUAGAACCAUUUAUAUCAUAACAUAGACUAGUUAUUUACAAAUAGAACUUCAAAUGAACACACAAACACCUUGAUCAAAAAUUAUGUAAAAUAAAUAUUUGGUUGUUUCUCGAGGUUUAGACUUGUAUUGGUUUAUAGGAACUUUGAUGAAGUAAAAGUGUUUGAAAGUUGCAAAUGCAACAAUCAAUAUAUUAACAAAAAUGCUUUUUUGGAUCUUAAACUGCCCUAAUAUAAAAGGUGAUAAGAACUUAUUCGGAAACCUAUAUGAAGAAGAAAAGUGCAACUCAUCUAUGAAUGGUUUUAAAAACUUUUCAACAAAUUGGAACGAUUUUUUGAAAGUGAUUGUUUGAGAUGACCUAAAGGUGUGUCCUUUCACACUAUUUUAGAUUAUCUAAUUAAUAACAUAUUUCUUAAUAUUACACGAACUUUUAUAAGUUGAAAGUUACUAUCAAACUAAUUGGUAAUGAAAGUGGUAUAUAUACAGUGUACUUGUGAUGCAUUGUUUGAAACCUUUGGUGAAGAUGAUCACUUGGUGAUCAAAACAUAAAU